UGGGGCACUUCGCAAGCGUAGAGUACCUUCAGCAGUGAAGUCAUAUUCUCGAACCGCGAAAACCACUUCCCCAUUCCCGUUGCCCAUCUUCAGGUGUCCAACAUUCCGUCCGUUUCUCCGUGUACCCGGAGAUGUCGGAGGCGGAGAAGAAGGUUGAGGAGGCGGCGGCGAAGAUGAAGAAGCAGGGCGGAGAGCUGCUGUUCUGCGGCGCAACGCGGUGGAAUGCCAACAUCAGCAGCCGCAAGACCUCCGAUGCGGGUAACUUGGUCUCUCCAACCCGACUCCGGCCUCUCCUCGGCGUCGACAUCCGUUUGGUCGCCUCCGGUUGUGGGUCUUCUCAUUGUGCGGCAUUGGAUGUUGAAGGACGUUGCUAUACUUGGGGACGCAACGAAAAGGGGCAACUAGGCCAUGGAGACCGAAUUGUGCGUGAUGGACCAUCUCUUGUAUCAGAACUGUUGGGGCAUAAAAUCAUCGGAGCAGGGGCUGGAAGGAGCCAUACUUUGGUGGUAACAAAAGAUGGAAUUUCCUUAUCCUUUGGCUGGAAUAAACAUGGGCAGCUGGGCUCAGGUUCAUUAAAGAAUGAAGUUGAGUCAUCUCCGAUACUCUGUCUAGUUUCUGAGGUCAGAGAUGUUGCUUGUGGGGCUGAUUUCUCGGUGUGGUUAUCUUCUAUCGAAGGAGCUUCUAUACUGACCGCUGGUCUUCCACAAUAUGGUCAACUAGGGCAUGGAUCUGACAAUGAGUACAAUACAAGAAAUAGCUCAGUUUUGCUUGCUUAUGAAGCCCAACCAUGCCCUAAAGCAGUUGUUUCCUUUGCUGGAGAAACUAUAGUGAAAGUUGCUUGUGGAACAAAUCAUGCAGUUGCUGUGGAUUCAAAUGGCUUUGUUUACACGUGGGGAUGUGGUGAUUAUGGAAGGCUUGGGCAUAAGGAGCAGAAGGAUGAGUGGGUUCCUCGUCGUGUUGAAACUUUCACAAAGCACAAUGUUCUACCUCGUGAUGCUUUGAUUGCAGCUGGUUCUGUUAAUUCUGCAUGUACUGCUGGUGGAGGACAGUUGUAUAUGUGGGGCAAAGUAAAGAACAAAGGUGACGAAUGGAUGUACCCUAAACCUGUUAUGGAUUUAAGCGGCUGGAAUAUACGCUGCAUGGAUUCAGGCGAUAUGCGCCAUUUUAUUGGUGCUGAAAGUUCAUGCAUAAGUUGGGGCAAUGCUCUGUCGGGUGAGCUGGGAUACGGACCUGAUGCACAAAAGUCUUCAGACCGUCCAAAGAAAGUAGACAUUCUUGAGGGAAUGCAUGUCAUCAGCGUUGCAUGUGGAUUAUCCCAUUCUAUGGUGGUGGUUGAUAGAACGGAUGUUGGUGAUCAACUUGAUCAGAUUGAUGUCUACGAUGGCAAAGCUUUGAACACGGGGAGUGAAAAACCAGAGAGUAGAAGUUCAGUUGCUAAAAGAACUACUGGAAAGGAUGCUGCUAAAACUCCGGAGAAUCCCAAGAGGAAGAAGUUAUGAGCCACAAUUUUCCUUGUUCGGAUCAACUUUUUUCUGUGCAGACAUGCGAAAACGUACUUAGUCGUGUUGCAUCGGCUGCAUUUAUUGCUGUAUUUUCCAUUCCUUGAUGUAAUUCUUGCGGUGUUUUUUUUUUUUCAUUGUGUUUUCGUCUACACUUGAAAAAGUAGUUGCUUAAUGUAAUUCGCGAGGACUUGGCGGGAAUCACAGUUCAUUUGUAUCUUGAUUUUAAGUUUGUGAAGAGAA